AUAAGUGGAAACUGGGAACGCACACCACCGCGGCGAAUAGUGUUGGUUCCAUCCGCGUAACGGUCGAGUGUUCGAGGGUGCUUCUUGUGCCGGAGAAGACAGCUGAUGGGAAGUGGAAGGGAGAUGGUGCAUGGUAACCGUCGGACCGCGCUGUUCUUGGUCGUCUGCGUGGCUGCUCGAGCGGCUUCGGCCAUCCAGGAUGGCCUGCUGCCGAAUGGCAACUUCGAGGAGGCGCCGAACAAAUCGAAGCUCAACGGCACGAAGGUGAUGGGGCGCUACGCGAUCCCGCACUGGGAGAUCUCGGGGUUCGUGGAGUACAUCGGCUCGGGGCAGAAGCAGGGGGACAUGCUCCUGCCGGUGCCGGAGGGCGCGUACGCCUUGCGGCUGGGCAACGAGGCUUCCAUCCAGCAGAAGCUGAGCGUGACGGAGGGCAUGCACUACUCCAUCACCUUCAGCGCGGCGCGCACCUGCGCCCAGGCCGAGGAGCUGAACGUGACGGUCGCCCCCGAGUCCGACGUGCUCCCCAUCCAGACGGUCUACACCAGCAGCGGCUGGGACUCCUACUCCUGGGCCUUCAAGGCCACGAGCAGCGUCGUGUCGCUCAUCGUCCACAACCCCGGUGUUACCGAGGACGCAGCCUGCGGUCCCCUCAUCGACUUGCUUGCCAUCAAGACCCUCCAGCCUCCUCAACGCACCAAGAAUAACUUGUUGAAGAACGGCGACUUCGAGGAGGGACCGUACAUUUUCCCCAACACAUCGUGUGGGGUGCUGGUGCCGCCAAUGGACGAGGACGACUACUCACCGCUCUCUCCGUGGAUGAUUCUGUCAUCGACCAAAUCCGUCAAGUACGUGGACGCGGCGCACUACGCGGUGCCCCACUAUUCCCGCGCCGUGGAGCUCGUCUCCGGCAUGGAGACCGCGCUGGUGCAGGAUGUGAGCACCGUGCCCGGGCGGCCGUACAGACUUGAGUUCUCGGCUGGGGACGCAGGCAACGGGUGCGUCGGCUCCAUGUCCGUCCAGGCGUACGCGGCGCGGGCGAGCGUGAAGGUGCCGUACCAGUCCCAGGGCAAGGGCGGGUACAAGCGCGGCGUGCUCGACUUUACGGCCAUCGCCAACCAGACGCGGGUGGUGUUCGUCAGCAUGGCCUACACCAUGAAGCCCGACGGCACGCUCUGCGGGCCCAUCAUCGACGACGCGUCGCUCGUCGCUGUACAAAACCAUGCUGCUCGCCGGUUUCUGCUGUGAUACUGCUGACGUGAUUCAAUGGUUAAGGUGAAGGGUUCAGAGUAUGCUUGGGCUUAACUAAGGUUGGGCAGAUUGUAUGGCAAUAGUGUAAUCGCGUCUCUGGUUUUGUAUUCCUUGCAACGAUUUUUUUGAACGAAAUGUACUUGUAUCUUCGUCAUUGGAAACUGAAGUUCGAACUGUAUCAAGGAAAGU